GAGAGUGCGUUACACAAGUGCAAAGUUGACAGUAUAUGAAUCGAUCUCCAACCAGGAGGUCCACUUAUCGACUUACAAUACACAUGUGACAGUCCUAUUAUCUUCAUUUUUGUUGAAUUUCAUCACAUACCUACCGCUGGAAAUAACCUCGUCGUCUGAUUUUUCGGGAAUCUUCCUCCUUCCAUUAAGUGUAGAAGAUAUUCGUAGUCUACUAGCAUUUAAUCACAGAUGUCUUGAAAAUAUUGUUCCCAUCUUCUAGGAUCACCGGGUAAGUAAUAGUAAGGUUAGACGCAGGACAUAAGGGAAUGAUGGUAAAUCAGUUGAUGAGGUUGUGAAUCUUCAUCGACUGAGAUGAUUUGACCACGUGUUACGUAUGCCUGAACACCGAUUACCAAGAAGCGCAAUGCUGACUAAUAUAGGGGAUGGUUGGAAGAGAGUUAAGAGCGGCCAAACCAAGACGUGGCAUCAGUGCUUGAAGUCACUAACUUCUAGUCUGAGCCAUGUGGGUAGAUGCAGACUACCUGGUUGGGGUCCUCGUGACUAUCGUAACCAAUGGUUGGAGACUCUGGGUGAUAUGGCUCGUAAUCGAUUACAAUGGUGCAGGUGUAUACACUCUUUGUCUGCCAUUAAACGUCUUUUUUAGAUCAUCCUAGGUUUCUUUAUUCACUACAUCUCUAUAGUCUCUGGACUACAAUAUAUUGAAGAUACAGUCUUCAAUAGAAAAACCGAGGUCAAUCUAUAAUGACUUGGGUUCUCCUGUGGUUCUUAUACUCAUUUGUUCAAUGCGAUGACGAAAAAUUAAAUACCCAUUUCAUUGGAGUUCAUCGUAUUCCCGAAUCCAUCCUUCCAGAAAUGCAUUUAGAGGAUCGGCUUCAUAUGUAUUUCAAAAAAAUUGACACUAAUAACAAUGGAUUCAUUGAAGAUGAUGAAUUAGCAUCAUGGAUCUUAAAGACUUAUGAAUCUUUAGACCGUGAGCAUGCUGAAAAACAACUUGCAAGAUUUGAUGUGAAUAAAGACGGAAAGGUUUCGUUCGAAGAGUAUACAAGUCAAACAUAUGAGACUUCUGAAGAGGAACUAAGACAUUCGAAGGACGACAAAUCAUCGAAAUUUAUUUUGGAAUUAUUAAAAGAUGAACGAUUACGUUUCAGCUUUGCUGAUAAAGAUAAUGAUGGUUUAUUAUCCCUAGAAGAAUUCACUUUAUUCUUACGACCUGAAAAUUAUGAGGAUAUGGCAAAUUAUGAAAUGCAAAAAAGUUUUUCGAGUUUUGAUCAAAAUGGUGAUGGUAUGAUUACAAAAGAUGAGUUUACAAAUUUCUCUUAUCGAGGUGUAUCACAGGAGAAUUAUUUACAUGAUCAAUUCACUAGUCUUGAUGUUGAUAAAAAUGGCAUACUCACUUUGGAUGAAUUACGACCAUGGUUAUUGCCCUCUUUAAAAGCAGCCGCGAAAUCAGAAGCCACACGAUUAAUGAAUCUCACAGAUUCUAAUCAUGAUGGCAAACUUACAUUGGAAGAAAUCUUGGCUAAAUCACAUUCAUGGAAAGAUAGCCAAGUUGUUAAGCAUGCGCGAUCAUUAUGGGAUGAAUUGUAGAGGUAAAUGGGCACAACGUAUCUUCUACUAUUAUGUCUGUAACUCAAUUGUGUCCAGUUAUAUGAUAUGGUCGUUGUGUGCAGUAGUUUAUCAUUCCAUAUCUUUCAAAGUUGAUAAUAAAAAAUUGAAUUUCUCUUUGUGGCAUUCACUAAACAUUUUGUCUGUGGAUUUUCCUCCUUUCUAAUCUAUUUUCUUAAUCUCUUGCUACAAAUUCAUUUUUUAUUUGUUCUCACUAAAAACCAUAAACGCAGUUGUAUAUUUUGUUUCUUCUCCCUAUAUUGUGGUUACUUUCGCUAUUUGUUCUCAUCGAUUCUAUCAGUUAUCUUCAGCCAAAUAUUUUGUAAAAAUAUCUUCUGUUGUUAUAUAGACACAUUGUAAGAUUAUUCUCUUCAUCGUUUGACUAACCAUGCCACUCACGG